CUGAGCCGCCCCCUCCUCGACGCCAUCAAGGCCGAGCUCGAGAGGCUCUUCCUGGACAAGGUUAUCGCGAACCUUGGGCUGUGCGUGUCUGUCUAUGAUAUCCGUUCCGUUGAAGGCGGGUCCAUCCAUGCGGGAGAGGGCUGCUCGACCUAUAGAGUAACGCGUGCCUUAACUUUGUUUAUCCCUCAAGCUCAAGUGCUUGAAUGUUGUGGUUGCGUUAUAAUGUUGUAUGGAUGGAAAAUUCGGGAAGUAUUGUGAUUCCCAUAAAGAGUGACUUCCCAACCUCGCCAUCAGGCAACAUGAGUACUGCAAUGUUGCCUUUUUCACAUGCUUUAAUUUGUGCGAUCAAUGUCAAGAUUUGUAAAUAUUUAUCUUUUAAUCAUGUUUCCUAAUUGGUACUCACUAAAUUACUUAAGUAGUGCUUAUCAUUUAGUUCUGUGCUUGAAUAAAAAUAGUAACUUUUGUGAUGGAUCCUAAAAGCGUGUUGUUAUGUUGGUUACUCAACUUGUUAAUAUCUUUUCUUCUGUCCACGUAUGAGAGAUUCCUGUCCAUCACUUGAAAGGCAAAAAUAUUCACAUUUUACUGGCAUUUCUUUCUUCCUGAUGGCCUUUGACACACAUGCACUUAAUAAUUUUAGUUCAAACUGUGAUGGUUCCCAACCGCAUGUUCGAAUUGAAAUUGAUUAUUUUUUAGUUUCAUGUUGAGAUCCAGUUCUUCCCUUUAUCGAAAAACAGUGUUGAUUAUUUCUUUAAUGCGAAUUUGUAAUCUAUUGCUUCAGUGUUUCUAUCUGCUAAUGACUUAAUUCCAGCACAAGUUAUGACACAUGAAUGACCCUUUGUAACUAGAAUUACACACCAUUUUAAUGGCAAGUCUCUUUUUUCCAGUAUUGUAGUAUUAUAAAAUAUCUGAUCUAUUUAUUUCAACCCUGAGGCUUCCUACGCGCUGCAAAUCAUGCUCAGAUUUCCUUGUUCCUGUUUUGGAUAGGUAUCAUUUCGUUUGCUGAUGUUCAAGCCCUUUAAUGGGGAGGUUCAUGUUGGAAGAAUUAGUGUAUAUGAUGAUAAGGGGUAGCAGGGUGAGUUGACUUGGCAGAACUGCUUGGUUAGCAAUCUAUUAAUUAGUUCACUCGAUUGAGCUUGUCUAGGAUAAUUUCUAUUACUGUAUUUUAGCUUUCUGUAACAUCUUGCUCUGCAAGGUAUCUUUUUUUCCUCCAUAUUUUCAUAUCAUUGUAUGUGUCCAUCUAACCUAUGAACAAUAGAUCCAAAUGUUUGGGGUCAUGUCUAAUCCUUGCCAUGCAUGAAUAAACUUUAUGCCUAUUAGCCUAAGGCUAUCCACACCGGUGUUUCUCUAAAACCUUCAUCUAAAAGGAAUAUUCCAUCCCAGUCAUCAAUAUUCUCUCCUCAAUAUCCAGUUCUUCCGCACUCGUUCAUGCUAUAUAUACAUCCUCUAUACCAACUACCAUCGUACUGGGUCCACAUGACACACUAUUUAUUAUUUUAACCCAACACCCCACCCACCUAUCGCCCUCCCUUCCCCUCCCAUUCUUCUCUCGCUCCCGCAUUCUCCCCUGCUCUCCGUCGGCGCCGGCGCGAGGAUGGGCUCCCAGUCCCAGACCGACCCGGCAUUCGCCACCAUGGCCGCGGACCCGACGUCCCGCGCGGCGUUCGUCGCCGCGGCCGUUGCACUCGCCUGCGGCAGCAGCUUCGACGGGCUCGCGCGGCCGUGGGCAUGUGGGUGGGCGGAGCUCCGCCGCGGGCGCGUGAGUGGGUGGAGCUCGACGACGCGCGGAGGAUGGCAAGCUCGGCGACGCGUGGCGGAUGGCGAGCUCAGCGAGGCUCCGUGGUCGACCUUCACGUCGCGGGCGGGGGCGUCGAGGCGGUCGUGGUGGCACGCACACGAGCUGGAGGACAGGGCAGCGGCCGCGGCUGCGGAGCUCGAGCGCGACCGGCCUGUGCGGCCGCGACGCGGCCGUCCAGUGCCCCUCCCUCUCCCUUCCCUCGAUGUUGACGAGCACAAGCGUGAGGAACACUGCCGCGAUGAGGCAGCGGUCGAGGGGGCCUCCUGCGCCACUCCCCAAUCCCCAUCUCGUCCCCAUCUCCUCCCUCCUCUCUCUCACCGGUGCUCCCGCACACCAUCGCCGAUGGCCAGAUCUAGCGCCGCGCCUCCUCCUGCGUCCUCCGCCUCCUCUUGCUUCCUCACCGGGGCCGGCCGACGCUCGUCGUCGCGGUGGCCGGUGUUCGCCCCCCACGCCAUGGCCACCCUCGCCCGCGCGUUGUCGCUGCGUCGCGGUUGCCAGGGCGGACCUCGCCCGCGAGCUAUCGUCGUGGCCGGGCGGAGCUCGCACGCGCGCCGUCGCCUGCAGUUGCCGUCGGGGCUCAACCCGCGAGCGCCUGCAGUUGCCGUCGGGGCUCCUGUGCAUGGCUGGGCGGCCUGCGCGGCGACGGCGGCCUGGAGCUCGCCGGCCUAGAGCUCGCCGGCCUCGGAGCUCGGCGGAUCUACAGCGGCCAUCGGGCGGCGGGCGGGGGUGGGGUGUGGUUUGCGGCGGGCGGCGGACAGAGCAUCAGCAGCGGCGGGAUCUCCGGGCGCAGCGGUGGUCAGCGUCCUCCGACGGCGGUGUCCGAUGCGAGGCGCGCGGCGGUGUUUCCGAGAUGAGGUGGGGCCGCAACGUGGGGCCGUGCGGGAUUGCGCUCAAUUUGGCGGAACCGGUCGCUCGCGUGGCAUUUAGCGGAGGCUUUAGAGGAACCGCUGCAGCUCAUUUUUCCUCUUUUCGGUACUGGAGUAUGGGAUACCGCAUCCCAGUGCGGGCAGCCUAAUGCUUCUAAACUAGUAUUUCUCUCUUGGAAAUAUUAAUAUCUUUUUUUUGCAAGCAUUGUACAUUUCCUGGUUACUACAAAAUUGGAAUGCUCCAUUCCUGUUCUGGCAAUUAAAUGAAACAUCAAUUAGAUAUGCUAUUCACAAGGUUUUAAAUAGCCGGCUAUAGCUUCCGCUAUAGACCGCUAUAGCUUCUAGAAAGGGCGGCCGCUAUGGCAUUUAGCUCGCUAAAGCCGGCUAUAGCCCGCUAAAUUCCAGCUAUAGCCUGCUAAACGCCGUAACGACAGCUCUGCCGCUAAACGUCUUAGCCGGCGAUUUAAAACCAGAUCAUCACAUAACUAUAUUGGUUUUAGCUAAUAGACUUCCUUAUUUUGCAGUUUCACUUGAUUUCUACCGUGAUAUAUGCAUCCCUAGACAUUUGAUGCAGUAUGGCACAGUGAGGGGACCGGAUGGUAGGUGGAUGCUGAGGACCGAAGAUGGUGAUGAGCUAUAUCUAGAUCUAGAUGAUGAGAUAAGGUUCUUGGUAUCUAGCACAAAGUACCUGCCUAUCCCAAUUGAGUAAAAGGAGGGCGAUCCACCAAUUGCUCCAAUGCAGAUCGUUGGAAGUAUUAAAGGAGAUGGUCUUGGUCUUCUUGCUUGGUGGUCAGCUGACGAAGAGGAUGCAGCGGCAGAGCAAUAGUAUAGUGUUGCUUCAGUGAUCUCUUUGUGUAGUUUACAAUCUCAUCCUACUAGCAUGUUAGGCAACUGUAUCUAGUAGCAGUAACAUGAUACUUAGGGAUCUUACCAGGUUUUACAUGUUAUGUAUUCUUUUUGAGUCAGGCGUGUCGAAUCUCUUCUGGCUCACUAUUGCUGCAACCUAUUGCCGUCGAUUUCUUAAAACCCCACAAAAGAAAAAGUAGGUCAGAUUCUUAGAAGAAUUUAUGUAUGUUUGUAUGUAAUAAUCUUAAAUUUCCUGAAUAUUUUGUUAGAUGUAUAAGUAUUCUCCCUGCAAGGACAUUUCAGCAGGCCAGCACCACAAAAGUUCACAUUUAACCAGUGUGCUUGGUAUUAUGUCCAGCAAGCAGCUGGGAAAAAGAUCUGGUAUUGGUGAAAGCAACAUUUGAUGUAUAAAUUUCCUGAAUUCCUGUGAUGUAUAAAGUGCAACAUUUGUA